AUGGCUUACACUAAGACUGCUCUUCUAGUUUCCGCUUUGGCUGCUUUCGCCGUUGCUCAAGACGCUACUCAAUUGGCUGAAUUGAACGCUAUCCUACAGGACUUCUCCUCCCACUUGUCCGACUACACCGGCUUGUUGGCCAACCCUAACUCUGGUAUCACCGCCGCUGACUUGCCAGCCGGUGUCCUACAAUUGGGUCUAGCCAUCCAAACCGCUACCGACAAGUCCUACACUUCUUUGUACCCAAGCGUCGACUUCAAGGGUAUCGAAGCUUUGUUGCCAAAGUUGCCAUGGUACUCUUCCAGAUUGUUGCCAGCUAUUAACGCCGCUUUGUCCUCUGCUACCCCAGCCCCAUCCUCCUCCUCUGCCGCUCCAUCUUCUUCUGCCGCUCCAUCUUCUUCUGCUGCUCCAUCUUCCUCUUCUGCUGCUCCAUCUUCCUCUGCUGCUCCAUCCUCUUCCGCUAGACCAUCCUCUUCUGCUGCUCCAUCCUCUUCCGCUAAGCCAUCUUCUUCUGCUGCUCCAUCCUCUGCUGCUCCAACCACCACCAAGGCUAUCUCUCAAAUCGGUGACGGUCAAAUCCAAGCUCACCAAACCACUAACGGUGCUGGUAAGGUCGCUGCCGGUAUGGGUGCCGGUGUCCUAGCUGCCGCUGCUAUGUUGUUGUAA